GUCGGACGAGGAGACAUGGCGGCGGCGCCGGCGGCUGCUGGGUCUGGGGCCGGCCGAGGGCGACGGGCAGCGGCAACGGUGGCGGCUUGGGGCGGAUGGGGCGGCCGGCCGCGGCCCGGUAACAUUCUGCUGCAGCUGCGGCAGGGCCAGCUGACCGGCCGGGGCCUGGUCCGGGCCGUGCAGUUCACGGAGACGUUUUUGGCAGAGAGGGACAAACAGUCCAAAUGGAGUGGCAUUCCUCAGCUGCUCCUGAAGCUGUAUGCAACCAGCCACCUCCACAGUGACUUCAUUGAGUGCCAAAACAUCCUCAAGGAAAUUUCUCCUCUUCUCUCCAUGGAGGCUAUGGCAUUUGUUACUGAAGAGAGGAAACUUACCCAAGAAACCACUUAUCCAAAUACUUAUAUUUUUGACCUGUUUGGAGGUGUUGAUCUCCUUGUAGAAAUUCUUAUGAGGCCUACAAUCUCUAUCCGGGGACAGAAACUGAAAAUAAGUGAUGAAAUGUCCAAGGACUGUUUGAGCAUCCUGUAUAAUACGUGUGUCUGUACGGAAGGAGUUACAAAGCGUUUGGCAGAAAAGAAUGACUUUGUGAUCUUCCUGUUUACAUUGAUGACGAGUAAGAAAACAUUCUUACAAACAGCAACCCUCAUUGAAGAUAUUUUGGGUGUUAAAAAGGUGAGCUAUGUUUUCCAGCAGAUGGCGGCCCUUCUCAGCAUCCCUGGCUUUGUUGAGCGGCUUUGCAAACUUGCGACUCGAAAGGUAUCAGAGUCAACAGGCACAGCUAGCUUCCUUCAGGAGUUGGAAGAGUGGUACACCUGGCUAGACAAUGCUUUGGUGCUGGACGCCCUGAUGCGAGUGGCUAAUGAGGAAUCCGAGCACAAUCAAGGAGCUUCUGAGGAGAAUGGCCUGCCUCACACUUCCACCAGGACCCAGCUGCCGCAGUCAAUGAAGAUUAUGCAUGAGAUCAUGUACAAACUGGAAGUGCUCUAUGUUCUCUGUGUGCUGCUGAUGGGGCGUCAGCGAAACCAGGUUCACAGAAUGAUCGCGGAGUUCAAGCUGAUCCCCGGGCUCAAUAAUUUGUUUGACAAGUUGAUUUGGAGGAAGCACUCAGCAUCUGCCCUUGUCCUCCAUGGUCACAACCAGAACUGUGACUGUAGCCCGGACAUCACUCUGAAGAUACAGUUCUUGCGGCUUCUCCAGAGUUUCAGCGACCACCACGAGAACAAGUACCUGCUGCUCAAUAACCAGGAGCUGAACGAACUCAGUGCCAUCUCUCUCAAAGCCAACAUCCCUGAGGUGGAAGCUGUCCUCAACACUGACAGGAGUUUGGUGUGUGAUGGGAAGAGGGGCUUAUUAACCCGUCUGCUGCAGGUCAUGAAGAAGGAGCCAGCCGAGUCCUCUUUCAGGUUUUGGCAAGCCCGGGCUGUGGAGAGUUUCCUCCGAGGGACCACCUCCUAUGCAGACCAGAUGUUCCUGCUGAAGCGAGGCCUUCUGGAGCACAUCCUGUACUGCAUUGUGGACAGCGAGUGCAAGUCAAGGGAUGUGCUCCAGAGUUACUUUGACCUUCUGGGGGAGUUAAUGAAGUUCAACGUUGAUGCAUUCAAGAGAUUCAACAAAUACAUCAACACUGAUGCAAAGUUCCAGGUGUUCCUGAAGCAGAUCAACAGCUCGCUGGUGGACUCCAACAUGCUGGUGCGCUGCGUCACUCUGUCGCUGGACCGAUUCGAAAACCAGGUGGACAUGAAAGUGGCUGAGGUCCUGUCCGAGUGCCGCCUACUGGCCUACAUAUCCCAGGUGCCCACGCAGAUGUCCUUCCUCUUCCGCCUCAUCAACAUCAUCCACGUGCAGACACUGACCCAGGAGAACGUCAGCUGCCUCAACACCAGCCUGGUGAUUCUGAUGCUGGCCCGGCGGAAAGAGCGGCUGCCGCUGUACCUGCGGCUGCUGCAGCGGAUGGAGCACAGCAAGAAGUACCCCGGCUUCCUGCUCAACAACUUCCACAACCUGCUGCGCUUCUGGCAGCAGCAUUACCUGCACAAGGACAAGGACAGCACCUGCCUGGAGAACAGUUCCUGCAUCAGCUUCUCAUACUGGAAGGAGACCGUGUCCAUCCUGUUGAACCCAGACCGCCAGUCGCCUUCUGCCCUUGUCAGCUACAUUGAGGAGCCCUACAUGGACAUAGACAGGGACUUCACCGAGGAGUGACCUUGGGCCAGGCCUCGGGAGGCUGCUGGGCCAGGGCCAGUGUGGGUGAGCGUGGGUACGUGUGCCACACGCCGUGCCCUGUCCGCAGCCCCCCUCCCCGCCUCCCCACUACUCUGCCUGCCCCAGGUCUUCAGGUACAGGCUUGGUGGGAGGGAGCAUCUAGAAGCCCUUGGCCCUUGGGUCUGAGGGCCCCAGGUCAUUGGGGGAACCUCGGUUCCCUCAAGAUCCCCACGAUAAGGACAGGGACACUAUGCCCACCCUUCACAACCCUGGGGCCCUGGCCCACCCAGAGGUAAAGGAACUUUUAAAAAUAGCUCUCUGUGAGCUCUUGAGCCGUCUCUUGGCUGUAAGUCCUGGGGUGGGGAGGGAGGUACGGGCACCCUCCAAUCUGUGAGCCAAGCUUGCUCCGGCCUUUGGACCCAGGCAAAGGCUUCUGAGCGCCCCCGGGCAGGGGUGGGAGCUACCAGAGGACGCUGCCUUCCCUCCACACCUGCCCAUCUGUCCCUCCCUCCCCUGUUUUCCUUUAGCUCCUCUGGUUCUGUUUGCUCACUGGCCGCUGUGUUCAUCCCAGGGGGUUCCCCUAGAAGUGGGGGCCUUUUUCUUCCAUCCCUUGGGGCACAGGGUGACUGUGCCCUGCCCCGGGGCAGUGUCUCCUGUCUGAGCCCACACGCACGGGAGCCUGGCUAGGAGCACACCCUCGGCCCCUCCUUGUGUUGCCAAUUUAUUAACAACAAAUAAACCGAUUAAAUGGAGACUAUUAAAGAACUUUAUUUUAAAUGA